GUAAAUGCGGGUCUUUGACGUAGCCUUUCGUAUCUAUGAAAUAGCUGGAAUUUCUCUUCAAGUACACUAAUGAGAUAAUUGAUAUUCACGGUAAGUUUUUAUAGAGUUUAUAAUUCCAUUAAGUGAUAAUUAGUCCGGUAGUUUGUACCAAACUGCACUGCCUCGAGGUUACUCUGCUUGGGGACUCGUGAGAGGUAUAGGUUCUUGUUUCGCGUGUGCAUUAUGCGAUCGUGAUCACAAGAAUUUGUGUUUAGUUUGCAUUCAGGAGCGCGCUCAAGUCUACGAAACCAGAUACAGAAUGAUUGAUAUCUGUACAAAUGAAGGGAGUUAUCUUAAGUCUUGACUAUAAAAACAAAACAGACUCGCGUACUCAAGUGAGCAGAAAAGAUCGCGUGCUAAUACAACAACAACAACAUUUUAACGUCUGUUAAUUGUUAUCGUGGGAGAAUAGCGAGGACGUAUGGCGAGUGACUGUCACGGGCAGACUUACUACACAAGGGAACGAAGCAAUUCGAAUCCUCUACAGUUUCAUUCAGGAACUGAGCAUGAACAAGUCACUCCGCCUUGUAGCCCACCGUACAACGGAGGAAGCGCCAACCAGUUAUCCCCUAUUGACAAAUCACGAAAAAAUUCCCCGAAGGCAAAACGUAGCCGCAAGCUUUCUCUGUUUUCGCAGUUUCACUUCAACACGAAAAGCUCUGAUGAGAAACAUGGGAAACCGAGGCGGAUUUCAAGUCCUUCGGCAUCAAGCAAAGACAAAGAUCUCAUAGAAGUGGAUUUCGAUUCGUGUUCUUCAACAAGCAGCCAGAUCAGUAUGCACAGCCUUCCCAGCAUUCCACAAGGUCGUUGUCUUGAAACGUCGCCGGCCCCCUCGCGAAAAACAUCAGCUCAGAGCACCAGCACAGCACAGAGCGCAGUCGAGAAAGAAAACGCGCAAAUACGGGAUAUUAUCAUCGAGACAUUGAAAAUACAGUUUGAAAAUGUCACAGAGUACAACAGGGAAGUGUGUGAUAAACUUAGUAAGAAUGUUUGUCAAUGGGUCAAGCGGCGGAUUGAGAUCAUGAAGGAAGGGAGCGGACAGACUUGUAAAAUCGUGAGCCUGGUAUACGUCGGGGCCGUGAGGGGUAACGGGAUAGAGUUUGCAAGCCAAGCAAUGGUGGAUUUUGAAAGGGAUAAUUUCACGGCAGGUUGCUAUCGUAACGGGCACAUUUUCGCCAUGGCGGGAAUUAUGGUUAUAGUGUUAGACGCUUAAAGGGGCUAUAUCAUCAUUUGCGCAUGCGCAAAGAAUGAUCCAAAUUAUCCUGUAAAGAUCAGUGACUCAUAAAGACUUAUGUGCUAGCUUACGUCUUUCAUUGUGGAUCACUAAGUAAACUGUAAAAGCUGCUGAGUAAAGCUGCCAUAGCUUCUUA